CUGCUAUGGGGGGAUCGAGUGGUGAUCCCGGAGAAAUUGAGGGAAAAGGUAUUGGGGCUCCUUCACGAAGGCCACCCAGGGAUCGUGAGAAUGAAGGGUCUAGCGAGAAGCUAUGUGUGGUGGCCCUUAAUGGACAAGGAAAUUGCUGAAAGGGUAGGGAAAUGCCAGGCCUGCCAGGAGUCCAGACCGCUACCCCCAACGGCCCCGAUUCGGGAAUGGGAGAGACCCCAGGGCCCUUGGUCUAGGAUCCAUAUCGAUUUUGCCGGCCCUUUCCACGGCCAAACCUUUUUGGUAGUAGUCGAUGCCUACUCCAAAUGGCUGGAAAUCAUUCUCAUGAGAUCCAUGACAGCCGAGGCCGUGAUCUCAGUCCUACGGCACCUAUUUGUAACCCACGGGUUGCCCGACACUCUAGUCUCCGAUAACGGCCCGCAAUUCACGGCAACCCAGUUUGAGGGGUACUUGGCAGAGGAGGGCAUCCGGCAUGUCCUCUCGGCGCCUUUCCACCCUGCGACGAACGGCCUUGCAGAACGUUUCGUUCGGAGCGCAAAGGAAGCGUUGUCCAGAAUCAGGCCAGGCGAUUGGCAAACAAAAAUCGAUACAUUCUUAGCAGUCCAACACAGAACCCCCUGUGUAACAACUGGCCGCAGCCCGGCAGAGCUAUUAAUGGGUCGGAAGCUUAGGUGCCCACUAGACCGUUUAAACCCAAACUACACACCAGACGGUUACAAAGGGGCACACGGUAAAACAAGAGGGAUGGCAACAGGCGACCUAGUGUGGGCACACAACUACAGCGAGGGCCCGACCUGGUUAGCAGGAAAAAUCCUAGAAAUAACAGGACCAAAAUCAUAUCUCAUAGAGAUAGAGGAUGGCCGGGUAUGGAAGCGCCACAUAGACCAAAUAAGAAAACGCAUAACCGGUAAAACAGAAUCAGACGAAACAGGCCCUGACUAUCCAAUGUUAGAAUCCACAGCUAACUCAAACCCGGGGCUAACGCGGGACUUAUCUGAGUUCCAGGAGGUCCAGCGACGCCAACCGGUUCCUCCUGAAGACAGCAGGGACGACUCUGCAAAUAAUCCAGGGCCGGAUGGCCUAGAGGAGGAGCUGAGAGGAACAAACAGUCCCUCCGGUCAGCUCGACUCACUCCCAGAGAAUGAAUUGCGCAGGUCUGAAAGAGUCAGGAGACGCCCAGUCUACUUGCGUGAUUACGUUGAAAAAUAAGAUGUAAAAUUUAUGUAAAUAUGGGUAAAGUGUUUUCUGGGAGGGAAGGAGUGUAAUGUAUCUUUAAAAGUUUUGGCGGGAAAAAAGCACGUUGUUGAUUGGUUGAAGCCACCGGCUAAACUGUAUAUAAAGAGAGGUUUUUCCCAGCCUGGGUUGCUGGG